AUGACUGAAUCAUACGAUAUUGUAGUCGUGGGCACCGGCUGGUUCGGCCUUGCCGCCUCAAAGGCAAUCCACCAGAUCUCUCCAACCGCAUCCCUCCUAAUCCUCGAAUCCGCCUCUUCAGUCGGCGGCACCUGGUCUAAGAACAGACUUUACCCGGGUCUCAAGUCAAACAACAUGAAGGGAACAUACGAGUUCCCCGACUUUCCAAUGGACGAAGCCACAUACGGUGUGGGACCGAAUAAUCAUAUUCCUGGUGCUGUUCUACAUCGGUAUCUUACAGACUUCGCAAAGCAUUUCGGCUUUUACGAUAAUAUCCAGUUUGAUACUGCUGUUGAGGGUGUGGAGAAGGAGGGUGAUGGAUGGAAGUUGAGUGUGUUGGGGAGUCAAGGGAGCAGAGUUAUAGAAGCGAAGAAGCUUGUUCUUGCGACGGGGUUGACUUCGACACCGAACAUGCCCCAGUAUAAGAAUGCGGAGAAGUUCGAUGCACCACUAUUUCAUGCCAAGGACUUCUGUAAGGAAGCUCCCAACCUGAAGGUCAAGAACGCUAUCGUCGUGGGUGGUGCAAAGUCUGCUUUCGACGUGGCAUACGCUCUCGUCCAAGACGGCGCAGAAGUCGAUCUGAUUGUCCGUCCAACGGGCAACGGCCCCGUCUGGAUCGCGCCACCCUUCGUCACCCCCCUCAAGAAGCGUCUCGAUCAGAUCCUGAACAUCAGGUGGAUGACCUGGUUUAGUCCUUGUCCCUGGGGUGAAGCCGACGGGUUCUCCAGCGUCAGGAACUUCCUGCACGGCACAUCCCUGGGAAGACUCAUCGUCAAUGGCUUCUGGAAAGCACUCAGUGGCGACGUUGUUUCUGCAAACGGAUACGACUCGCAUCCUGAGCUGCAGAAGCUCAAGCCGUGGCAUUCUGCUUUCUGGAUCGGUAGUGGACUGAGUAUCUUGAACUAUGACACUCCCCUGUUUGAUCUUGUCAAGCAAGGUAAGAUCAGGGUUCAUAUCGAUGACAUUGAGUCUCUCGAGCCUCGACGGGCAAUUCUUGCUUCUGGGGCGGUCAUUGAUACCGAUGCGAUUAUCUGUUCGACAGGUUGGAAGAAGGAGUCUACCAUCAAGUUGGCAGAAGAGGAACUCACUCUUCCUUACUCGGACGCCAAGAAACGCGCUCUGAACCAAGCUGCAGAUGCGAAGGUCCUCUCCCUCUAUCCCGGUCUCAAGUCACAACCUGAUCUCAACAUCAAGCCCAAGGGAACUGACCCUCUUCGUUAUUAUCGCUUUAUGGUUCCUUCCCGGGCAGUCCGAACGAACAACCUUGCCUUCGCAGGCAUGAUCUCGACCGUCAGCACAGCAACAUGCGCCACGAUCCAAGGCCACUGGAUCGCCGCCUUCCUCGCCAAUAAGAUCCACAGCAUUCCAUCCUCCGAUAAGGAGAUCACCGACGAGAUCAUGCUGCACACCCAAUGGGGCAAGUGGCGAUACCCUUGUGGUUACGGUGCUGAUCUGCCUGAUCUUGUAUUCGAAGGACUGCCAUAUUGCAAUAUGCUUAUGAGGGAUCUUGGACUGGAGACGCAGAGGAAGGGAGGACGAUUUAGCGAGUUGACGUCGCCUUAUUUGCCCGCGGACUUUAGGGGGUUAGUUGAGGAGUGGAAGGCCAAGGAGGAGAAGAAUUGGGGGGAGAUUCCGGGUGUCGAGGUUCAACAGGUUCAGGGUUAUAAGAAGGAUUAA